AACUGACAUUGACAUAUUGGCGUGUAGUUAUUUAUAUGGCUAUUGUUUUUUAUUAACAGAUUCCAUUGACAGAAUUAAGUGUUCCUCGUAUAAUUUGUGCAACAUCAACAGUCAAAAAAUAAAAAUAGAAUCUAUUAAAAUACAAAAAAAGUUUUUUUCAAGCAAAACUAUGCAGAGUUUAAGCAGUGAUUUGUAGGCUAAUCAAGUCAUCAACGCUUUUUGAUUUUAUUGGCAGAUUUUGUGAACUUGGAUGAGAAGGCCAAGAAAAUUGUCAGGUGUUCGCUAUUGUCAUUAGUACUUUCCCUGGUGGCGGUGAUUAACUGAAGUAAAACUGUGGAUAUAAUAUACUCCGACACUCUUCACUAUCAAAAUGUAUUGCCUGCAAUGUUUGUUGCCAGUGCUACUUAUACCGAAGCCAACAAACCCUGCGCUCAUGGAAACGCAUGUUAUGUUCAUCGUACUCUACCUAAUUGGCUUUUUCCUAGAGCGAAAACCGUGCACCAUCUGUAGUUUAAUAUUUUUAACAGCCGUGUUCCUUAUUUGUUAUAGUGGUGUGGGAAAUUGUAUAUUUUGGGGCAACUGCGAGGGACAUCAAUGUGAAAAUGGAUAGAAAAAUACGAAGCUGCCAUUCUAAGCUAAAUGGAUACUCAAUGCAUAAUAAACUUAGCAUUAUUAAAUGCUAUCGUGCUAUAAACAACUUUGGGUGUCCCCUUAGUUAAGAAAUAUACAUAUAUAUAUUUCUUUUCAUUAGAUAACUAGUAUUGUUUUGUUGUUUUAAAUGUUGCUGUGUUAUAGCGCUCUUAAAAUAAUUUAAAUAAUAAUAUCAUACUUUUUAACGAAAAAGUCUAUAAAGCUAUAUCAGUUGUAAUAAGCGGGAUUAUGUAGAGAUAACCCUUUAUAUGAAUUAAUUUUCAAACUUCAAUUUUGUCUAAUAAAAAAACCAGCGUAACCGUGAAACUACGUAUGUUUACGCAUCAAUAUUUACGAAACAACUUCUAAUAGAUUUUCUUUAAAUUGUAAUUGUAUUUGCAUUAAUACAAGUAAACAUAAGUUUGGUUGAUAA